AUGCGCUUGAAGCUUAGCGAAGCUCUUCGCUGUAUGGAAGCCUUCAAUAGGUUGACGACAGGCCUAGACCGAGGCAAACAAGGAAAACAGAUAACAGGGCUUGCACGUCGCCUGAUGUACCUCGAAUGGGACGUCCGCAAGGGCCGACACCAACUCGGAAGCUUCAUAGGAGCGCAUUUGCGAAAAGAGGACGAAGCAAAGCGUAGAUCGCUGCUUACCUUCCCCGACUGUAACGAGACCGACACCUGCGCUGUGUGCCUCAAAGACGCACUUUAA